ACAACAGUGAGGGCUGAAACCCCACCGUCUCUGUGUUGACGUAUAGAGUGGGGAUGUGAAGCAUGGCUGCAGAAGGAGAAAAGAAACCCGUGCUGGAGAUGGUCCAGGCUGAUGGGGCUGAUGAGGGCUGUGUGACAUUUGUUCUGCAUGAUGAAGAUCAUACACUAGGCAAUUCCCUCAGAUAUAUGAUCAUGAAGACCGUGGAUGUGGAUUUUUGUGGCUACACCAUCACCCAUCCGUCUGAGAGCAAGAUCAACUUUCGCAUCCAGACACGAGGAGGGAUUCCGGCCACAGAGCCGCUGCGGAGGGGCCUGAAUGAGCUCAGCGAUGUUGCUCAACACGUUCUCAACACCUUUCAGGCAAGAGUUAAUGAGUUCAAAGAGAAGCAGGAGCAGCCCAUGGAAUGAAGAGCAUCAUCACACACAUGACUAUGAGGCUGUCGGACAAACCAACUGUAAAAAAAAAAAAAAAGUGUUACUUUGAUUUGUCCCUUUUUUAUUUAUCUAUAAAUAACUAGUAUGGAAGGUUUUCUUCUUACAUUCAAACAUGUGUACAGUUUUCUUUCUUUGUAGUAUGUUGGGAUUGAUAACAUAAUGUGUAUCAGUCCUGUGUUCAUCAAUCCUGGAUUUUUGGAAUGAUAAGUGGAAUAAAUUAAAGAUUUUAAACAUAA